UAACUCUAUGUAUGGACUAUGGAGAAGGAGAUUGGUGGAGUGCGAAAUUGCAAAUGGAUUAUUCCAGAUUCUGAUUCUUCGUACUUAAAUGGAGUGUAUUGUAUUGGUUAAACUAUGGAAGAUGUUUGGUGCAUAGUACUGAAAAUCUAUAAAACGAUAAAUUGAUUGAAGUCUAACAUGGAGCACUACGCUAACUUGAUAUUACCUUCAUCGAAAAACAUAUGUCGGACUUGUCUAUUAGAUUAUGAUUCAAACGACCCUACGAUGUUCAUGAAUAUACAAGAUUUAGUUUCACAUGAAAUGAAUAAAAUUAAGCUUAUUGAUAUAUUGAUUUUCCUCAACUGUUUAGAAAAUAAUGAUGAAGAAAAUUGGCCCCAAGGAAUGUGUGCAUCAUGCGUUUCAACUGCUCUGCUUGCCUAUAAUUUCAAACUCAACUGCUUGAAAGCUAAUGUGACAAUGUGUCAUUUGUUUAGUAUGCAGUCAUCAAACAACUUUGAAAGAGCUAAUAAUAUGGAUGCAAUUGAUAUAAAUGUUGUAUACCAAGAUCACGAAUAUGAUGUACCAUUGUAUAGUAACCAUUCAAUGAUUAAUUUUGAACCACAAUUACCCGAGAGUAAAGAGUUGACUCCUUUGCCUCCCGUGACAGAAAUAACCUCAACAGAGAGACCUCCUCGGCAAGAGGGCGAGAAGCGAUAUGUGUGCAGUUUAUGUCCUAAAUCAUUCACUAGAGUCUACGGCCUGAAAUACCAUAUGGCUAACCAUAGCGAGUUUCGCAGAUUUCUUUGUCAAAAGUGUGGCAAAAGAUUCCACACAUCUAAUGGAAUAAAACAGCACAUGGUAUCUCACAUUAAUGUUAACCAAUUCAAAUGUGGUUUUUGUAAUAAGACUUACAAAUCAAGACAAUCUUUAAAAGAGCACUUUCGUGUAGCACAUUCUAGCAAUCGUAAAUUGUUUGUCUGUGUGACAUGUGGGAAGAGGUUCACAGCAAAAUCAACCUUAAUGAUGCACUUGAAGAUUCAUGAUGGCUUCAAAGCAUUUGCUUGCCCAGAUUGUCCGAAAAGAUAUACAAGGGCAUCUUACUUGAGAGUUCAUAGUCUGAUUCAUACUGGUCAAGAGCAGCCAAAACCUUUUCAGUGCACACAUAAAGAUUGUAAUCGAAGUUUUGCAACUAAACAUUCCCUGGUUGUUCACGUUGCUUACACACAUACACAGAACAGACCUCAUAAGUGUGAUGAAUGUUUUAAAACAUUUGCUACAUCUUCAGGCUUAAAAAUUCAUAAAGAAUCUCAUAUUGAUAAAGAGAUUUCAUGUGAUAUUUGUAAUAAGAAAUUAGCUAAUAAGAGAGUAUUACAAAAGCACAGGAAGAUUCACGAGGAACUGACAGAAAUAAACACUGAAAAUGUGAUUAUAGAUGACCUGUUUUAUUAGCCACAAAACUUAAUAUUUGUAGUGGCCAUAGACUUCCAUAGGUAUUAGAAAUAACUCUUGCUAUACAUUAAGUUUCUAAUUUGAGUAAAUAAAAAUGCUUUGAAACUUUA